AUGCCAGUAGCCACAGCUCCGCCAUAUCCGGAUGCGGUGGUGGUGGAGCAGAGUGUGCCCACACGAGCAGCGCCAGAUGAUUUGCCACCAACGUACGAGGAUUCUACCAAUCCGAGCAGUUAG